ACAAAAUGAGAAACCGUUGAAGACGAAGAGAGGAGAAUUGGAGAAAGGAGGGAGACCCAAAUUUGAAGAUCGGAUUACUGCAUUUUUCUGCAAUUACAAUUCAGGAAUUCGGUGAAUCAGGGCAAACAGGGUCUCCGGAAGCAAGGACGAAGAAGAAUUCUUCGCAAUCCAAUCCAGGAUUGGGGAUUUUUCUGUAGCCGAUAAUGGUACGAAGCUCUUGGAUGGUGUGGCGCGAGGAAAAGUUAAGCAUUAACCCCCAGGAGAAGAAUAAUUAAUCGAAAAAAAAAAUGAUAACGUGGUUGAAACAAUUGCGGAUCGCGUUUGGAGCGUCGUUUUUGUGGCUUGUCUGUUUGAUUUACUUCACGCAGGGAUUCAGAUCGUUCGUGUGGACGGCAGUGUCGUACCAGCUGAAGGACAAGCUAAAGCUCUCCCCAUCAGCUUCCCAGUUUGUAGCAUCGGUAGCAUUUUUUCCAUGGAGUAUCAAGCCAUUAUAUGGAAUAUUAUCUGACUGCAUACCGAUUCUUGGAAGAAAAAGAACCCCUUACUUAAUAAUUGCGACGUUGCUGUCCUUCUUCCCAUGGCUUAUUCUAAGCAUCAGCACAGGGUGGAGGAGCUCUAGAGUGCCUCUCAUGGUUCUGUUGACAGCACAAAAUUUGGGAUCUGCAAUGGCUGAUGUUGUGAUCGAUGCCAUGAUAGCUGAGGCAGUAAGGUUUGAGAGGGCUUCUUUCGCCGGUGAUCUUCAGUCAGUUUCGUGGAUGUCAAUGGCGUUGGGAGGGAUAUGCGGAAGUUUGCUCGGUGGAUAUGCUCUGACUAACAUACCAACAGACAAAAUUUUUUUGCUCUUCACAGCAUUACCUGCACUACAGCUGCUGUCUUGCGGUUUAGUCGACGAAAAUUCUGUUAGCCGUAAAGUUUCUUCAACAAGUGUAACUUCAAAUGGAGCCUCCCAUUCAGUAAAUGGCAGCGAUUUUCCCGAAGAUAAAACUUCCACAGUUAAGUCCAAACCCAACAAUUUGAGGAGAAAGAGGAGCAAGAAAACUGCAGAGGGAGAACCAGUUCCGGGAAAUAAAAAAAUUCAGUCUCAUGAAAUCCAUGGAACUUCAGCAACAAAAUCAUCCCAUUCCCUGAAAACAGCUGCAUUUACUUUGUUCGAUGCUUUUCGACAGCCAAUCAUUCUGAGGCCUAUGACAUGGUUUUUCCUGGCACACGUCACUGUUCCGAACCUCUCAACCAUCAUGUUCUACUAUCAGACAGAAGUUCUCAAAUUAGAGGCUUCGUUUUUAGGCAGAGCACGAGUCGUCGGAUGGUUGGGUCUCAUGCUUGGCACCUUUAUCUACAAUCGGUUUUUGAAGAAGAUGAAAUUACGGAGGAUUCUUUUGUACGCUCAUUUCGGGUUGGCUAUACUGAGCCUUCUCGAUGGAGUCUUGGUGUCGCGAUCGCAUGUUCACGUCGGGAUAAGCGACAAGGUCAUGGUCCUGUUCGGAUCCGCGCUUUCAGACGGCAUCAACCAAUUCAAGUUCAUGCCGUUCCUAAUCUUGUCGGGACAACUUUGCCCUCCCGGCGUAGAAGGUACGCUGUUCGCACUCUUUAUGUCGAUAAACAACUUUGGCUCCACGGUUGGCUCGUUCGUGGGCGCCGGGCUGGCUUCGAUUCUUAGUAUUUCGUCGGGUAGUUUCGAUAAUCUUUUCGCGGGCAUUGUAGUUCAGGUUGUGUGCUCGUUCAUCCCUGUUGCUUUCUUGUUUUUGAUACCUAAAGAAGCUACGGGAAUAUCGGCAUAGAAUAGAAUUACAGAGAAAAAAACAGAGGAUUUGUUGGCUUCUGUUAGAGAAAAUAGGAACUUAGCUAUGGAUACAUAGAGAAGAUAUAAUAUGACAGCCACAUUGUUAAAAAUCAAUAAGUUUGUCCUUGAUUUCAAUUAGGAUAAAGAUGGAGGGGGGAUUUGUGAACUUUCUUGUGUAGGGGCUGAUUGGGUAAUAUUGGUUUAAUAUUUGAAAUUACCAUGACAUGUUUGUUUUAUUAU